AUGACUGUACCGCAGCCGGUCUACGAAUACAUGGGACCUCCAGAGCUUGCGGAACUUCGCGAGCGAUGCGAGUUGGGGACGGGUGAGAAAUACAAGACCGUAGUCCGCAGUGUACGAAGUGCCGUGACUCCGGAUAUGCUGACGUAUCUUGCAGUGUAUGAGAUUGGCAAGGAGAAGUCACUGAUUAGGGAUGAGGACAUCAUGACCAAAGUGAAGGAGCGGUGUGAUAAGACUAAACGUGACUAUAUCACGAAUCCGUCUGGCUUAUUCUCCCAGCAAUUGAAAGUGGAUCUGGUAAUCACGGAUGUGAUAGAUCGAAUAUACAAGUAUUUUCGGUAUUUCGAAAAAAUUAUAGCCGAUUAUGGUCUCCAUGAGAAUUUGGGUCGAGAGAGCCAAGAUAUUUCCAUGCUAGAGCUGGAGAAAAUUCGCCAUAUUCGGAUCAGCGGCCAGUUGCUGUAUAAGUUGAUCUUGGAACGAGCUGAGAUGCAGCAGCUAUUAUACAGCCGAUUUCGACAGUCUGCCACCACAUACGCAGGGACGUAA